UAUCUUCUAAAGUCAGCGCGGUCCUCUCUCUCUCUCUCUCUUACCCAAAGGGGAGAAGCAGAAGCGGCAGCAGCGACGGCAGGGCAGAGACAAGCACAGAGCUGUUGGGACUUGGGAGUAUCGAUCGUCCCUCUCUCUCAGUCUGCGCAAGUUUCAAGGAAGAGAUAACAGUCCCGUAUGUUUGUCGACAUGGGAGACGAUUGGGAUCUUCAGGCGGUGGUGAGAGGCUGCUACACCACCGCCACCUCCACCACCACCACCGCUACUUCAGCCCUCGCCACAACUUCCAUGGAAGACCCUCCUUACUCCUCCUCUUGCUUUCCUCCUCCUCCUCCUCCUUUGGGUGACCACCAAGCCCUCUGUUUCCCCGAUCUCCUUGAGAACUCAACGCCUCUUGAAGAAUUAGAGGCGCUCUUCAAGCCUUUCUUCCCCAAGAUGGAACCUUUCUCCCCACAGAGCAGCAACCCCACUUCCCUUCUCACCCAUGGCGGAUUCACAGACCAACAGAAACAGAAACCGCAGCAGCAGCAAGAAAAGCAGUCUCCCCAGUGUCUAACAGGGCCUACUACUGUUGUCCCUGCGACAACAACAACCAGUCAUUCUCAGACCCCUCGAUCGAAAAGAAGGAAGAAUCAACAGAAGAGGGUAGUUUGCCAAGUACCGGCAGAAGGCAUUUCUUCUGAUAUGUGGGCUUGGCGUAAAUAUGGCCAGAAACCCAUCAAAGGAUCACCUUAUCCGAGGGGUUACUACAGGUGUAGCAGCUCAAAAGGGUGUUUAGCUAGAAAACAAGUGGAGCGGAGCCGCUCAGAUCCGGGAACAAUCAUAAUCACCUACACGGCGGAGCACAACCACCCAGUCCCCACCCACCGGAACUCUCUCGCUGGAAGUACUCGCCAUAAGUUCCUCACUCCUCAAGGUUCCACACCAGAAAACGAACCCGGAACACCCACCAACAAACCAUCUUGCUCUUCCCCUGUUUCGACUACAGGUCUCUCUCCAACGACUCCUUCAACUGCUGCCAUGGAAGACGAGCUUCUGCAACAGUCGACGCAGGAGAACAGAGAGGAAGAAGAGGAAGAAAUGGUUAUGGAUAACGAUGAAGACGACGAUAUUCUUAUCCCUGAUAUGAUGAUGGGAGACGACUUCUUCGAGGGUCUUGGUGAACUCGACGGACCAACCAGCGGCGCCGCCUUGGAUGACCGUUUUCCCGACCAAGUACCGGCUACUUUUCCGCCUCCUUGGUUUUCUCAUAACGCCACCACCGCCGCUGGUGGCAGCUGAUCAGCCGGAAAAGUCGCGCCCCGACAUUGGAUUCUAAAGAUUUCCCAACUUUCCAUUUAUCCCCUUUUGUCCGCCAAGUUGGAGAGAGAGAGAGAGAGAGAGAGAGAGAGAGUGGGGGAGAUUCUCCACCCACAACACUUGUGUUUUUUAAAACGCCACCAUUACCAAAGAGCAAAGAGCAGCAUAAGAGUUAUUCCAUGUUGUUGGUCUUAUUCUAAUUAGAUGAAUCAGGAAUUAGGAAUCGUAGAUUCUCUUAGUUUCGUAAUCUCUGGUAUGAUUAUGGAUAAUCAUGAUUCGGUGAACCAUCCUUCUCCUGUGUAAAAUGUAUAUCAAAUAAAAGGUCAACGCAAAUACUUCCAAAGCUA